GAGGCGGGCGGGCCGUUGGGACGGGAGCGAAGAUGGCGGCGGCCGUGUCCGAGCUGUUGACAGGAUGGUGCCUCUUCGGGCUGGCGUUGCUGGCUAUUCUAAUUUUCUGCUGGGUUUAUGUGCGCAAGUAUCAGAGUCGGCGGGAAAGUGAAGUGAUUUCUACCAUAACGGCUAUCUUUGCAUUGGCAGUUGCUCUUAUCUCAUCAGCGCUACUACCAGUGGACAUCUUUUUGGUUUCAUACAUGAAAAAUCCAAAUGGUACAUUUAAGGACUGGGCUGAUGCUAAUGUUUCAAGGCAAAUUGAAGACACUGUACUUUAUGGAUAUUACACUUUGUACUCCAUCAUACUGUUCUGCGUGUUUCUGUGGAUUCCCUUUGUCUAUUUCUAUUAUGAGGAGAAGGAAGAAGAUGAUGGAAACACAUGCUCACAGGUUAAAACUGCACUCAAAUAUACUCUGGGAUUCGUCACAAUUUGUGCAGUUCUUCUCUUAAUUGGUGCUUUUGUUCCUUUGGAUAUUCCCAACAAGAAUAAUUCCACAGAAUGGGAGAAAGUGAAGCUCCUGUUUGAAGAAUUUGGAAGCAGUCAUGGCUUGACUGCUCUUUCAUUUUCCAUUAGUUCCUUGACUGUGAUUGGAAUGUUGGCAGCUAUCACUUACACAGCUUAUGGUAUGUCGGCUUUGCCUCUAAAUUUGAUUAAGGGAACUACCAGUGCAGCUUAUGAACGAUUAGAGAACACUGAAGAUAUUGAAGAAGUGGAGCAACAUUUAUCAAGGAUUAAAUCAAAGUGCAGAGAUGGUCGGCCUCUGUCAUCAAGGGAUAGACGGACUGUGCAGCAGCUGGAAGAGAGACUAAGGACGCUUCGGAGAAGAGAGAGGCAUUUGGAGUCCAUUGAGAAAAGCUGGUGCACCAAGUUCUGUGAAGCCAUCCGACCUCUAAAGAUUGUGUGGGGAGUAUUCUUCAUCAUUGUGGCACUGCUCUUCACUGUCUCUCUGUUCUUGUCAAAUUUGGACAAAGCUCUUCAUUCGGCUGGCUUCAACUCAGGAUUUAUAAUUUUAGGAACUAAUCUGACCAAUCCAUUGAAUAUGCUGUUACCUGUUCUUCAAACAGUUUUUCCCCUCGAUUAUAUUCUUAUUACAACUAUUGUUAUGUACUUUAUCUUCACUUCGAUGGCAGGGAUUCGAAAUAUGGGUAUAUGGUUCUUCUGGAUAAGGCUUUAUAAAAUCAGACGAGGAAAAACUCGACCUCAAGCACUCUUGUUUCUCUGUAUGAUUCUUCUGUUGAUAGUUCUUCAUACAAGUUACAUGAUCUACAGUCUUGCCCCUCAGUAUGUCAUGUAUGGAAGCCAAAAAUACCUGGUACAGACUAAUAAGACAAUUGAUGGCCAGCCAAGGAAUGUGACAACAUUUGUAUCUAAAGAUUGUGAUGCAGAUGCACCUGAAGAUCAGUGUAUUGUUACCCGAACAUACCUCUUUCUUCACAAAUUUUGGUUCUUCAGUGCUGCCUAUUACUUUGGGAACUGGGCAUUCAUCACAGUCUUUUUAAUUGGAUUAAUUGUUUCCUGCUGUAAAGGCAAGAAGUCAGUCAUUGAGGGUGAAGUGGAUGAAGAUGAUUCAGAUAUGAGUGAUGAUGAACUGUCUGUUUACUACCGUUGAUAGCCUUUUGCCUUCAAGCUGGAGAAAUGUAAUUUAAAGUCAUGUUGUGAGUUGUACCCAUGUGGAAUUGGUAUCCAAAUAAACAUCCUUGCACCUGUAAUAAUAGGGGAAAUAAGUGUACUCACUUAAAGGGGUAAAAAACUGAGUAACACUGGGUAUUACUGUUAUAGCAGAACAAAUACUGAAGCUGGGUUUGAAUAAUAUAUAGAAAAUAAUUAAAUGUAUAUGUAACUUUCUGAUGUAUAAUUUGAUGAGCUAUUGUAUCUUUCAGAAUUAAUGGUACUUUUCUGUUAACUUAGGUUUUCUUAAAUACUUUGAAGUCUAACUUUUAUUUAAGCUCAAAUAAAAAUAGCUAAAAUCCUGCAAAACAGGUUGUGUAAACAUUGCUAGAAAGAUUUGGAAGAGGUUUACACUUUCAGGAGGAUGUGAUUUGUCUUUCAUGUUAGUUCUGCUGGUGUUUCUGGGAUUCCCAUUUGAAACUAUAGCUAACAAGAGACUGUCCUUAAAGUUUGCCAAAAAUAGAAAAAUAAGUUCUUUCCAUACUGUUAUCCCCACUGAGUUACCAUGGGAAUCCUCAGGUAACUGUGGUGGCUUUAGCUCUUAUCAAAGGAAAUCACUAGUGUAAAUGACAAUAUUCAGCAUUGUUGCAGUGUUUUAGUACAGUUCAGUUCUGCUAACGCCAGGAGCCUGACUUAGUAAUAAGCAAUGGGGAAUAAUUAAGACGUGAUGGAUUUUUAACUUAUUUUUCUCUUACGCAAAUUGUCUAGUUUGAAGCUUUCUUUCAAUAUUUAAUGUAAAUGUUGUCAACUUGUUUACAAGCCAAUAUAUUUAUAUAAACACAGUUCAUAAAUAUUUUUGUCAUU